AUGGUGGUCUCAGAAGAAGCGCGUCUCCGCGUAAUCAUUGUCGGAGCUGGUCUCAGCGGUAUCGCGACUGCCAUCUCCGCUGCUCUGUCAGGGCACUCGGUGGAGGUUAUUGAGCAAGCGAAAGAGCUUGCCGAGGUGGGAGCUGGUCUGCAAAUUACUCCCAAUGCAUCCAAGUUACUGCAGUACUGGCAGCUUCCUGCUGCUGUGUGGGAAGCUGCUGCGGAGCCUACUAAGUUGACGGUCCACCGGUAUUCUGGCCAAGUUCUGGCUCACGAUCCUGCGUUUAACAAAAGUAUCCGGGCGAAAUACGAUGCGCCUUUUGUGGACUUGCACCGCGUGGAUCUGCAGCAAGCGUUGUUUGCUCGGGCAAAGGAUUUGGGUGUUACUUUCCACCUCGGGGAGCGCAUUGAGCGCAUUGACUUUGAUACUACUACUGUGCACUCUGUGGCUGGGAAGCGCUAUUCGGGUGAUCUGAUCAUCGCUGCUGAUGGUCUCUGGUCUAAGUGUCGCGAGGCCUUUGUUGGAAAGAAGGACGAGCCACUUCCAACAGGUGAUCUGGCCUAUCGGAUUGUUUUGACUGCGGAUCAAAUUACCGAUCCAGACCUGAAGUCUCUUGUUCAGAACCCGGAGUGCCACUUCUGGAUUGGACCCGGUGCUCAUGCUGUCGGAUAUUCGCUACGCGGAGGAAAUAUGUACAACAUUGUCUUGCUGGUUCCUGACAACUUGCCCCCGGGAGUGUCGAAGCAGGCAGGAUCCGUGGAGGAGAUGCGCGAGCUCUUCGUUGGCUGGGAUCCAAUCCUAAACAAGUUCUUGAAAUAUGUGGAUACUUCUAUCGACAAGUGGAAGUUGAUGCACCAUGCUGAAAUGGAGAAAUGGGUCAACGACAAGUCCAACCUUGUCUUCAUUGGAGAUUCUUGUCACCCAAUGCUACCAUACUUGGCACAAGGCGCCAACUCAUCUUUAGAAGACGGUGCUGUCCUGGGUCUGCUUCUAGGACACAUGACAGAUAAGGCGCAGUUGCCUCGCAUUCUAAGAUUAUACGAGAGCCUCCGCAAAUCCAGAGGAGAGGCUAUUGUGCGGGAAACCUUCAAGCAGCGUCACGACUUCCACAUGGUUGACGGAGAGGAGCAACAAAAACGUGAUGAGAUUUUCCUCUCACAGCUUGGCAAGGAGCUGAAGGGCGCAUUCCCUAGCCGAUGGACAUGUCCUGAAGUUCAACCCUGGCUGUAUGGCUACGAUGCCAUCAAGGAAGUCGAAAAGGCCGUAUCUCAGAACCCGGAUUUGUUCUUGCGGCCUUCCGAGUCCGGAUCGUCCUGCAAGAUCUUAUAG